AUGGAUUCGCCAAUGCAAGAUGACAACUAUGGUGGAGUCAUUCCGACUGCUUCCAGUGAGACAUUUCAGCUGCGAGGCUAUCAGGCUGAGAUGGUUGCAGAGAGCAUGAAAGACAACGUCAUUGUCGUCAUGGACACAGGCUCGGGAAAGACGCAUAUAGCCAUCGAACGAACACGAGCGGAGUUGGAAACGUGCGAACCCGGCCAGGUUGUCUGGUUUCUUGCGCCAACAGUUGCACUCUGCGAGCAGCAAUAUGAUGCCUUUCAAUCUAAUAUACCUGGGGUCGGACACCAGCUACUUUGUGGGAGAGAUGAUGUUGAGCUGUGGACGACCCAGGCAGAGUGGGACCGAGUACUUUUCAAUGUUCGCGUGGUCAUCUCAACACACGCGGUACUCCUUGACGCCCUCACGCAUGGUUUUGUCAAGUUGAGCAAGCUGGCUUUGCUAAUUUUCGACGAGGCACACCAUUGCACAUUGAAACACCCAGCUCACCUUAUAAUGUCCGAUUUCUACUUGCCUCAAUUGAAGAAUGGAGACAGCUCACUACCUAAAGUUCUUGGCUUGAGCGCAAGCCCUGUCAUGAAAGCAGCGGCUAGCGCAGAAGGGCUUCAGCAAAUUGAACAGAACCUGCAUGCGGCCAUAAAGACACCAAAGCUACACAGGUCCGAGCUGAUGCGGUAUGCGCAUAGACCUCAGCUACUGCAAAUCACUUACUCUUCGGACGCCUCGGGUCAAGAGCAUUCUCACCUGCUCCUUGCGUUGCAGCAUGUAUACCGCACGUAUGAUCUUGCGAAAGAUCCGUACGUGAUCGCAUUGUUGGACCAACAAAAGCGUGGUUUCGAUGUUUCUCGCCAAUUGACCAAAUUGUGGAAUAGUCAGAAGACUUAUUGCUACGAUCAAUUGAAACAGUUGGUAUCAAAAGCUGAGGCGAUGGCCAAAGAACUUGGGGUCUCUGCUAUGGAGUACUACUUACAUCAAUGCAUAGCCAAGUUCGACAACAUGACCCGCGGCUCAGACCAGCAGCUGCUGGACCUGACUGCCACCGAGAAGCAAUAUCUCUUGGAAAUAUUCCGGGCACUUCCCCUCCAAAGUCCUUCACCCAUACCUGCUACCAUGAUUGAGAAUUCGUCUCACAAAGUCAAUAAGCUUGUCGAUACUUUAGUAGCUGAAGCCAAUGGUACCCCAGGUUUUACCGGCCUUGUGUUUAUCGAGCAGCGGGUCUGGGUAGCAUCGCUCGCAGAGAUACUAGCAUGCCACCCACAUACCAAAGAUCUGCUACGGGUAGGGACAUUUGUCGGCUCGUCGAAGUCGUCCAAACAAAAGGCAAACAUAUCUGCUUUGGCAGAACCUAAGAAUCAGCAAACCACACUCGAUGACUUUCGCGCUGGUAUCAUCAACCUUGUUCUAGCCACAACGGUACUGGAAGAAGGUAUCGAUGUAUCCAGUUGUCAUCUCGUUGUGUGUUUCGAGAGACCCAAGAAUCUGAAAAGCUUCGUUCAACGACGAGGAAGAGCAAGGAAACAAGAAUCGCGUUAUCUGAUUUUCGUGCCCGAUACUGGAGAGGCACGGUCCUCGACGUCCUGGCAGUCGCUUGAGGCUGAGAUGAGGAAAGCAUAUGAGGACGAUAAGCGUCGAGUGCAGGCAGCGCAGAAAGCAGAACAUAUAGACGAGGUCGGAGAGCGGUACUUCAGGGUUCCAAAUACUGGCGCUCUGCUAACUCUGGAUAACGCCUCUCAACACCUCCAUCAUUUCUGCGCUCGUCUUGGGGGUAGCGCUUACGCCGAUACGCGACCAGAAGUCGAGUUUACAAACGACCGCGGCCAGAUCACCGCUGAGAUCACAUUGCCGCUCUCAGUUGAUCCCAAAGUGAGGAAAACCAAAAGCUUGGAGACCUGGAGGACAGAGCGCAUGGCUCAAAAAGAUGCUGCCUUUGGAGCAUAUAAGGCUUUGUAUUUGCACGGAUUGGUGAACGAAAAUCUUCUCCCUGUACAAGACGAAGAAGACGACGCAGCACAAUACCAGAUCCGGGACGAUCGCCCAUCCGUUGUGCCCGUUGCCCUAACUCUCGAUCCUUGGUUAAGUGUCGCACAGUCUCAUCAACAUGAACCCGAUAUAUGGUACCGUACCCUGCUUGAGGUAAAGGCGCCAGAUGAGGAGCCGAUACGUAUCAUACUGCUGACUCCUGUCGCCAUGUACGAAGUCCCUGAUAUGUUACUACAUUGGAACGAAUCCAAGCGGUACACAGUUACGAGCUCUUGUCUAUAUGGUACAUCACUGGCCGACAUAGGUAUUGGUCUGCUGCGCUCUAUCACGUGGAAGAUCUUGCACUCAGUCUUUGGAGUUCACAUCAAAGAAGGAGUUGACGACUUCCUCUGUCUACUUGCUCCGUGCGAUUCAUCAGGUUACAUGAUGACCGAGAGUGAACUCCAUGAAUGGCAUGCGACGACAAACGGCCAACAAUCAGCACACAGACUUCUGAUUCAAGGAAAUGUCAACAUAGCAAGCUGGGGUUUGACUAUGCAGCAAGGCGACGCUCGGAAAUUCAUGCCUAUGGCUAUCACGCCAUCAGAUUCUCCAGAUUUUUCGGGAGGAUACGAAACUUUGCUACGAGCUGUGCGGUUGCCUAAGCGUCGAGACUUCUUACAUGUUGUCUACCAAAGCGCGGACACGAACGACGCGUACACCAAGGUCGAAAGUCUUUUAGCUUCGACAUGUAUCGUCGAGAAUCUUCCUGCCAGAUUUGCCAUCUUUGCUUUACUGUUUCCAUCAAUCCUACACAGACUUGAGGUAUACAUGAUCGCGGAUACGCUUAGAACGACGUUACUAAAGCCAGCCGAAUUCGAAGCAUCAGACCUCCCAAUCAUCAUCACAGCACUCACCUCAUCCGCAGUCGAUGGAUGCAACAACUACCAAAGGAUGGAGUUUCUCGGAGACUGCAUCUUGAAGUUUAUGGCUUCUCUUCAUGUGAUGGCUGCAAAUCUGCUCAUGCCAGAGGGUAUGCUAACGGGGAAGAAAGGAAAGCUUGUCAGUAACGGAUAUCUAGCACGGGCCACAGUAGCUGCAGGUCUCGACAAGUUCAUCUUCUACAAGCGUUUCACAGGUGCUAAGUGGAAACCACGAUACAUUGGUCAGACACUCACUGGAACCGCGCCGCCAGUCAAGGAGGAGAAGUCGUCAAAACUGAUCGCCGACGUUAUAGAAUCACUCAUCGGAGCUUCAUACCUUGUUGGUGGGUUUUCAAAAGCUUUUGUGUGCAUGAAAGCUCUCCUACCGCUUGAGAAAUGGACGCCUGUUCCAAAGGCAAAUGAGAUACUCUAUGAAGCAGCUUCUUCUCAAGACAAAGUAGCGAACUUGGUGUUGCUUGAGCAGCUGUUAGGUCAUACGUUCAACAAGAAAGAACUUCUACUUGAAUCACUCACGCAUCCCACGUUCCGGGGCCCUAACGUCCAUUGCUCUUACGAGCGUUUCGAGUUUCUGGGGGACGCAGUGCUCGACUACAUCAUUUCAAAGCGGCUCUAUGCUCACAAACCAAGCCUUCCACAUUGGAAGAUGCAUGGUGUCCGAACGGCAAUGGUCAAUGCUGCAUUUCUGUCUUACUGCAUGUUCGAGACUACAGUAGCAGAGGAGUUGACAAACAAGGCGACCCUCCAGCCAGAGAUACAUCAGAGAGCUUUAUGGCAGUUCCUUCGAUCAUCGAGUGUGGAACUUAUCGCUGCGAGGACUAUAGCUUUACAAAAACAUGCCGAGACACGGGGUUUCAUCGCUGCCGCUCUAGCGCAGGACAACCGCUUCCCGUGGCAUGCCCUUUCACUCACUGAUCCACCCAAGUUCCUUUCCGAUAUAGUCGAGAGUGCUAUCGGCGCCCUCUAUAUCGAUUCUCAUGGCUCUAUAUCUGUCUGCGAAGAUUUCGUCCAUCGUCUUGGUAUCUUGCCAUGUCUCGAACGUAUCUUGCGCGACGGUGUAGACUGCUUGCAUCCGAAAGAGCGGAUCAAUACCCUUGCUGCUAACAAGGGUAUCAAGUACGUUCGUAUUCCGAGCGACGAAGAAGGUAACAAGAACGAGACACAAGGUUCUGAGCGAGGGUAUAGAGUUCAGGUUCGCAUUGGUGGGAAAGAUGUCGGAGGGAGCGUCGAGGGAGUCAAGAGAUUGCAGGCUGAGACUAUCGCUGCCUGGAAGGUUAUCGCGCUACUCGAAAGUGAAGGUGUGGGCGACGCGCCUACAGAACUUGACGAAGACGAAAGUGAUGACGAGUUCUUCGACGCUGAAGACGGCGGCGGAGUCAUGCUGGAUGUUGGUGACAGAGUGGCGGCGUACAAUUAG